UUUAAGCACCGGGCACUGGUUAAAGUCGCGAGUGUCGAAAAAAUACUAAGAGUACGGUUUAAGCCACCAAAGUUCCAUUGUUUUUUAAGUUUUCUUUCGGUCUAACUUUUUGCUGAUAUUGCAUUAACGGUUUAAUAAGCAACCGAAAACGCAGAACAACUUUUACAUUAAGAUGGUGAAAAUCACGGUGUCGUUGCGAUUGUUAAUUUUGCUAGUCGGACUGCAGUUAUUAAGGAAUUGCGCUGCAGCUGAAGGAGACUUCCCUGUAUUUGAGGGGCGGCCUAUUAGUGAAGCAGAAUGCAACAACUUACCGAAAAACAACUGCUGGAAAGGGAUGGUGAACUGUCGUGUAUCGUAUGCAAAACUGAAGAGGGUGAUAGGAAGUGUCAUGACAUUGGAGUGCUACGGAAAUGCAACUGAUCGGGAGUAUCUGGACACAACCACAAGUAUUUCCCUCUCUAACCGAAACCGCGCAGUUGAAGCGUUCUACAGCGAAAAGUUCGAUUCUUACAAACUGUCUUCAGAAGCUGUCGCACCCAUCCAGAAGCAAAUCAUUGAGUUGCAUUUUCUGAAUUGCAAAGACCAGUCAAGUACAUCCCGCAUUGGCGCACUACCCUUGUCGAAUCUUUUGGCUCUACAAAUUUUCAGCUGCAAUAACUUGAUUGUUAAGAAAAAUGACUUUGCGCCUUUUAAACAUAUUAAAUUCCUGGAUUUCUUCCUGACAUCCUUCGCAUCCAUCGAGCCGAAUACGUUUACAGACCUCCCUCAGCUGAAGUCGCUCUUACUGGAGGCAGAGUCGAAGGCAGAGAUAGCGGCCAUCCGCAAGAUCCACUGUGACUGCGAUUACGCCUGGCUGCGCAACUGGCUGGAUGCCAAUCCGCAUCUGCUCAGCGAUCGGGACGAGGGCGAGUUGUACAUCAUCGGCAACCACCUGAGCAAACGCGUUUUCAGGUCGACAGCAUUUUAUGCUGUUGACUGCGCCUUGCCGACAUUGUUCAUCGCGAAUGCGGACUAUGACUAUAACAACGCUCUCAAGUUUUCUAUUAACGUUGCAUGCAAAUAA